GGGUAACUUCGAUCAUCUCUUACUUGACGUGUACAGCGAAAACGCAUUUUCGCAGCAGUCUAUCUCUGAUGGAGAAGAAGGGUCCUGUAGCGUGAGAUUCGUAGGUUGUACAUAGCUGAGCUACAGCUAGCUCAACGCAACUUUGCACGUACAUCUUAUAUCACGCAUGGAGCUGACCUCUCAAGCCGCACCAUCUGGAAGUCUGCUCAUUCUGGAUGUAUGGAACUCGGACGGUACAAGUAAAGGUCAGAUGCUGAGAUUGAACUCUACAGCACCUGAGGGUAAGAGGUCUAGAAAGUGAGAAAACCUUCCGGGCUCCUCCCUCUGGCACGGGAUUUUAACCUGCAUAUGGAUUUCAUUCAGCUGAAUUGCAUAUAUGGAUGGAGUCAAGGAAAUGUGGGUGAAAUUCACAGUCAUUGGACGUGACACUCCACCAGUAUAUGAGUUCAUGGCAUCUUUGCAAACUCACCGUGCGGAUCUGAGGUCCUCACCGGCAUCCGCUGGUGCUUCCCAUGCUCUGUAGUGAAAGUCUCCCCCCGGCAGCCGCGAUCAUGGAUACUCAGUUGCACGGUGGAGAACUUAUCGUAAUGCAGAGCCCUGCCAACGAGAGCGCGAGAGCCACAACUCUUGUGAUCCACCAAGCUCAGAAUGGUGGCUACAGAGAUCUGAAUUCGUCGAAUGCUACACCCACCACUGUUGCAGAAUGCCCAGCCGAUGUGCCAGCACCUAUUAAGGUGGAGAGUUCAUAUGGACUCAAGAACACCACUGACUGCUCACCAUCUAUUGCUGCCAAGAAUACGGGCCCUUAUGACCCCGAAGGCGGCGCGAAGAAACGCAGACGUGGUGGCUGGGUCACAACUCCAUUUAUCUUUGGAGCUGAGGCAGCAGAGCGACUGGCAGUUACUGGUUCGCACACGAACUUGAUCUCGUACUUGGUCAAUGAAAUGCACCAGAAGACCUUGCCAUCAGCAACGAUCCUCAACACCUUCUCAAGCACAUCAGGCUGGGCGCCUUUGCUCGGUGCAUUUGUAGCUGAUUCUUAUUUGGGCCGCUAUGCAACAAUCUUAUAUGCCUCAUUCAUAUAUUUGGCGGGGCUGAUCCUCAUCACGAUGUCCGCCAUACUGCCGUCGCUGCAGCCGCCACAAUGCGCGUUGGAGGACGACGAUUACGACGAAGACAUGAGCGGGUGCAUAAGGGCCACCAAUGUGCAGAUGGGAGUGGUUUAUCUGGCCUUGUCUCUCAUGGUGGUGGGAUCCGGGGGCAUCCGGCCUUGCGUCGGGCCUUUCGGAGCCAGUCAGUUCGAUCAGUCCGAUCCCAAGGAGAACGAGCAGAUCAAAUCGUAUUUCAACUGGUACUACUUCAGCGUCAUGGGGGCGACAUUGGUCGCCUCGACGGUCAUCGUUUAUAUUCAGGAGAAUGUGAGCUGGGGAUGGGGGUUCGGAAUCUCGGCUGCUGUCAUGUUUCUGUCGAUCUUCUCGUUCGUCUGCGGCUCGUUCCUCUACCGAUUCAGUUAUCCUCAGGGGAGCGCUUUCACACGAAUGGCCCAAGUGAUCGUCGCCGCCGCUCGCAAGCGCCGCCUCGCUCUGCCUGCGGACCCGAGUUUCUUGUACUACGGCCGCUUCGAAGAUGACAGCGACUUCGACUCCAGCAGCUGCUGCAACUCGUCUGAGCAUUCCAAGGAGAUGAAAGCUCUCCCCGACUCGAAGAAUGGCGAAGUCAUGCAUUCGAGGAAGUGUACCGGGAAGGACUCAGGGAAUGCGGCUGCGGUACUCAACGGCGAGGAAAACGAGAAUUCGAUGAUUCGCUCGUCCAAAUACGACGAGAGGCCGUCGUUUCUGACGAACAGCCGCCAGUUCAGGUUCUUGGAUAAGGCGGCGAUAGAAACAGAGUCGGACUGGGAGACCAAAAAGAACCUUUUCGGGGAACCUGUGACAGCGAAAUUGAACCCAUGGAGGCUGUGUCCAGUUCGACAAAUUGAGGAGCUGAAAAGUCUUCUCCGCCUAAUGCCCAUGUGGGCUACAGGCGUGGUGACAGGCAUUUUGGUGGCACAAACACCUACAUAUCUCGUGCAGCAAGCUCGAACUAUGAAUCGCCAUAUGGGUGGCUUCAACGUCCCUCCCGCCAGCAUCCAUGUGAUCAGUACUAUAACAAUUGUCGUGUGGCUGCCUGUAUUCGAUCGAAUUUUGGUCCCCAAAUUAAUUGCUCCUCGGACCGGGAACCCAAGAGGUCUCACAUAUUUGCAGAAGAUAGGCCUCGGUUACAGUUUGCACAUGAUUGCCGCGGCCAUUGCUGUGGUCGUUGAGCAUGAGAGGCGAGCCGCAGCAAGGCACUAUGGACUUGUCGAUAAGCCUCAUGAAGUGAUUCCCUUCUCGGUUUGGACACUUGUCCCUCAGCUUGUUCUGGAUGGAUUGGGCUCCUGCUUCGGAUUGAUCGGGCAUUAUGAGUUUUACUAUCACAUGGUUCCGGAGCACCUCACCAGUACUGCGUCGGCGCUGAGCCAGACUUCCACCGCUCUGGGCACUCUCUUGGCGAGUGCUCUUCUAAACCUGGUCCAGAGCUUGACGAACCACGGUCCCAAUCACCCAGGUUGGCUCGAUGAAAAUCUGAACAAAGCGCACCUGGACUAUUACUAUAUCAUCAUGUUCGGUCUGAUGUUCGUAAAUGUCGCUAUCUAUUACCUUGUGGUAGCCAAGUGGUACAAAAGGCAGCUCAUGGGUUGCUGAAGCAAGCACUUCUUCGCAAAUGAUCGACCGGUUAGUGCAGGAUUCUUCCUGCUUAAGAGAUCCAGUCGAAAUCGAAGUGAGCUUGGGGAUUCCUUCUUCAGCACCACAGCAGUCUCGGAAACUUUGGUAUCAUUUGAUAGGGGUUCGCUUUCUCUAUCCAAGAUCCUCGAUUUGGCUGCUUUGGGACUGCAGAUAUCUUCGUGCUUAUAACGUACAGAGACAUUGAGUGUCAAUGUCAUGUAGCAUAGGUUUGUUAGUGUGAAUAUGAGCCUUCCAAGUCCAGUUUUAGUAGGGGAAUAUUGCAGAUGUAAUUCACAUUUUUCCUCCUGAUCAGCUUGGUGAUUUGUCGUGAUUGCAUAAACCUGAAGGCGGAUUGUAGAAGUAACUAGUUGUACGUACUAGUAUGGCUGAAGAUCGAGAACAAGCCCAUGAUCAGUCAUCACCUCGGUGCAUGUUCAGGCUCGUUAGUUUCCAGAUCACUAAGAGUGUACAAACAUCCACAUCUCGACGACCUCUGAAGAAUAUGCCAGAUGUACUGUACGGCCAGUGUAAGAUAUUUUUCUUCUCGAAAUAACAUACUCC